AUGCGGUCGCCGGCCCUCGCCGACGGGAAGGUCAUCCCGGACGAGUUCCUGUCGGCGAUGAUGCAGGUGCUCGGCGUGAAGAACUACAGCGCGAACGGCGACUACAGCGGCCCCUAUCUGAAGCCGGUCGUCGCCCGCAUCUACCCGCUGUUCAUACUGCUGUACGCGAUACCGGCCGCCCUGGGGCUGACACUCAACGUGCUGAUCAUCGUCUACAUCACCAAGUACAAGCUGUACCGGGACGUGACGCACGCGUUCCUGGUCAACCUGGCCGUCUGCCACUGCGUUCAGUGUGCGUUCGUGCUGCCAAUCACGCUCAUGGUGAUGCUCAUCCACAACUGGGUGUUCGGCCAGUUUCUGUGCUUCUUCCUUCCACUGCUGCAGGACAUUCCGCUGCACGUGGCCAUGCUGUCGCAUCUGCUCAUCGCUUGGGAUCGCAAGCGUUGGCUCACCGAUCCGCUGAAGGUACGUCUGCCGGCGUUCGUGUGCAGUUGCGCGUCGUGGCUCGCCGGUCUGGUCAUCGCUCUACCGUACCCGAUCUACACGACGUAUCUAGACCUUGAGUACUAUCUGCCGAACUUUGCCGGUGUCGGUAUUUGUGCGGUCAACCUGGUGGACGACAUGCAGGAGUACAUGCGCGGACUGUUCGUGAUCAUGUACUGCGCCCCGAUGACCCUUCUUGGCUAUCUCUACAUCCGCACGUCGCGCGAACUCCGUCCGCCAGAUGGGCCGCUCUCAAUAAUGAUGUUCGAAGCCCGAGCCGAAGCCCGGAGUCGCCAAAUACGUCUAUCUACUGGAGGCCGUGGCGCAGCUACGAGCGAAGGAACGCGCGACGGCAACGGUGAACAGGGUGCAGGUACAGCGUCAACGACAUCGGCAACUGCUGCAGCCCAAGCCAACCAGGCUGGUAACGCGCGAACGUAUGAUCUGUACGACGCCGAGGCGGAUGUGAACCGCGAAAAGCGCACCCAGCGCCACCUGGGAGCGAUGGCGUCCUCGCAGGUCCUGUGCGUCUGUCCGCUAAUGAUUUUGAGACUCGCUCGGAUGACGGUGGCGGAGACAUACGAGAAUCAGGCGCACUACGACAUCACCUUCCUGAUGUUUGUCUGGAUUGCCUUCCUGCCGACCAUCAUCGUGCCGUGGAUGUACGCCUCCUGGGUGCUCUCGAAGCCUACGAAGGAGCGACUGCGUGGCUAUCUGCGGCUUUCGUCGCGUCGCAACACCAACGUUCGGUCGGAGCAGUCGUUGGAUGAGUCAGGCGAGGUAAUGUCAGGUUCGCACAGGAAGAAACCACUCACCUCGUCUGCGACCCCAUUGGCUACCGUAAUUCCACUAAAGCCCUCAGCUCUAGCUUCCCCUCACCGACGUACAGCUUCUGGCCGCUCUAGCCAUCGACUUUCAGACGCAGCUAACUCCGGUAGUGGUACUGCUACGACCUCUAUGAGCGAACCCACAAAGUCACCGGCUGGAAAUAGUGCUCGAACCGUCGAAACCACCAUUUCCCGGCAAUCCUCCGUGGGACGUCCUCGUCGCCAGCUUCCACCACCUCUGCGUAUCGAAGACAGCAACUUCCACAAAACACCCUCAGUGAAGUCAUCCAGAACUCUCGCCUCAUCAGCGCAUAACUCCUCCAUCCGUUCAACGACAAGCCGAACAAGUAGUGCUGCCCCGCUUUACGCUCGUCGCUAUAGCGCGCAUAGUCGACGUCCCUCUUAUGCCUCCCAACCAGCUCGGGGGGAGGAUGAAGAUGACGUUGGUUCACUCGUUGGAAACAGCUCAGAUAUCACCUCGAGCACGUACUGUGGUACAGCAACUGAAGGUAGUUACCAGGAUGAUCCUCUGGGGGCUACUACGAGACGUCCACAUGGUGGGCCUCUCCCAGGCCCGCUAGUGGUGCCUUUCCGGAGACGUGGAUCUACUCUCACACAACCCACAACCCACCCGACUGGACCGGAGGUGGACGAUGACGAGGAGUCAGAGAUCUUUAGCUCAGUCUCACAACCAUCAGCUCGCAAACGUCCAGUUGGCAUCCUGAAAGCAACACCUUCGAUCCUGUCGAUCAGCGAGAGUGAGUACUCCUCUCGCAAGGGUUCCUUCAGCACGCUAUCACGCGAUCUUGAGAUCAUCGAUCAGCUCGAGCGCGAGCGCAGCAUGGACAUCCAAGAGAUGAUCCAACGUGAGAAGUCGUACGAGCAGUACUUGGUGAGGCAAAACUCCAAGCACAAGUUCUCCACAAAUUUUGACGAGUACUUCGAGGCGGCUGCGGCGGCCGCUUCUCUCGCCGAUCCUGGUCCACCCUCGCACUUGGGUGGAGGAGCUCAGCUCCCACCACCACCACCUGGUGCAGGUCAGCUACCAGCACCUUCCCCGGAGACAGGCACACUGUCACCUCGACGCUCCCGUUCACCAAUGCAUCGACGUCCGAGUCAACUGCCGGCAAUACCCAUCACGCACUCACCUGGCGAGCGCCCUCUAGCGUUCGGUCCGCGACGCUCUAUCGAACUUGACAAGCGUUUCCACCGGACGUACUCCACGAGUGGGUCAACACGCAGUUCGACCAAAUCCCGCGAACGGAUCACCUUCCAGGACGAUGUCUGA